CAGUAUGUUGAAGUGGACUAAGCUUGUUAUUAAGCAAAUAUUCUCUAAAACGUCUUAUAGUAAACACUCGAGGCAUAAAAUGAUUAUUUUUACGACAAAUUAGUUCAUUUCCUGACCCUAAAAGCUUGUGUGCUGUUAUUUAGAUAAUCAGUAACUCGCUGCUUUUAGCUUUUAGAUCUCCAAUGGCUGAGAAAAGGUUUCCCUUGUUCGAUAUAGUUCGCCCACAUGCAGGCAUUACAGAAAAGCCCUUUUCAAAAAACCCCUAGGAGUUGUAUGUUUUUACUAUAUCUUGCAUUUUGAUGCGAUGUGACCUGUCGAUUUGAUCUGGUCUGAUUACUAAGUAUCCCAUGCAUGAAGAAAGACUAGAGCUCUGAUCCUGGUUUUGUUGACAUUUUCAAGGACGCACCUUUGACAACUGUUCUGCCGGUUAACUUCCCCGUCAGAAGCAGAUUAUCUUGGAUUUAUCCCUAUUGUUUUGUAAAGUCAGGUUGGACAUUUCGGCAUGGCGUAUCACGAAUUUUGACUCUUUAAACACUUCAAGAUGUCGAACUCCUCAAACUCGUCUACAGCGGAGUUUUCUUGUGAUGGAAUGGGCAGACCGUCAGGCUCGGCAACAACCGUCCUUAUUGCAUUUUCUUAUGCGGUCUUAAUCCCUUUGAUCGUCUUUGGCAAUGGCCUUGUCGUUAUAGCRUUUGUUAUAAACCAAAAGCUUAGAACGGCUACUAAUAUAUUUAUUUGUGGUCUGGGUUUGAGUGACCUUCUAAUUGGUGUCUUCUCACUGCCAUACUGGACGUACAUAUCSACUUUGAAUUCYCUCAUGGAUGCKUAUUGCGAUCCGCUAUACGAAGUUUACAUUUGUAUUGAUAUAGGGACUGGAUGUGCAUCAAUACUCCAGUUGACAUCUAUAGCAAUUGAGAGACUGUAUUUCACGGUAGCCCCACUUAAACACCGUCGAUUAAGAAGGUCAGUUUACUGGUACAUGUUAGCGAUAGCAUGGAUUUUUUCCAUACUUGCAGCUGGCCUGCAACCUUUGCAGGCAAAAUCAAAUUGGCACAACCAAUACAGCUUGUUUCUCUUUGUAUCUUGUUUCCUGUUCCCRCUCAUCAUCAUCAUUGUGGUUUACGCAUACAUAUUUAAAGUCAGCAGAGAUCAAUCUCGAAGAAGAUCCAGCACGCAAAMUAGAAUAGGUUCAACUGGAGGAAACAUUAAAGAAUUCAACAUGUUCGUGACGGUGCUGGUAAUCACUGGAGUGUUCAUCAUCGCUUGGGCACCAUUUUUUAUGACAACUGUCAUUGCAACCUUUUGCCCUCUUUGYAUUWUUCGAAUACAAAGUGAACACUUAAUACGCUUUGUGAAGUGGAUGCAAUAUAGUUCAAGCGCUAUUAAUCCUUAUAUCUACGCGUAUCGUAACGAAGAAGUUCGAUCCUUUUUUAAGAAGGUUUUACGGMUUUGUUUAUGCAACGGUUGUCAGGAUGUGUCUCGACGAGCGUCGCAGAGCUCCUCGAGUCAGACACAUCGUGGAAAGCAUAACAAUAACAACAAAAAUAGUUCCAGCCAGACAGCGAGUAAGGAAAGCGUGGAAAAUGGAACAAUAGUUAAUCGGCUUCCACAGAGUCUGGCCAGCGAGGAUAUUCCUGAAUGUUAUUCGCGAAGAGUGCCAAUAAGUAGCCCCAGUGACGGCAGAUUGAAAGACAUUCAGAAUUGUUUYGAUAAUCAAGGAUUCACAUAUCCAAAUGUAUCAAAGCAAAGGAAUGAUGAAAGCGAUCAAUAUGUAUCUAAAUACAAUCAGAAAAUACAAGCAAAGUCACCAGACAUUUGCACACAGGAUGCCGAACGGAAAAACACACGGRAAACUUGUKUCGAUAGUGAACGUUUGGCAAAUCCAAAUUYACCYCAGAAACGUACCGAAAAAGUGAAUAAAUCACCAGAAAGAAACUGGCAAAGAAAAGAAGAUCAUACACGAAGAUCGAAUGAAUUCCGCAAUGAAAGAAGACGCGAUUUCUCUGAAAAACAAAGCGAAAAACAAACUGAAAGACGAAAAAAAUCAAGCAAUGAUUUUGAUAAWGGGRAAAUUUAUUACGGGAAUGAGGCUCCGCUAAAACGGCCUCGUGGCGUUUCUCKUUCACAACAGAGAGAAAGACAAAAAACACCCGAGGGAAGAUCGUAUGAUAACAGUACAGAAACAGGCGAUGGUAAAAAACGUCAUUCCGUCGGUCGGCAUAGUGAUCACUUCCAGUCAAGACAAUCCUAUCAAAAUUCAAAUUAUAGAAGUGAAAAGCGUAAUCGCCAUCAUGUUCGUGGCUUUGAUAACCCAGUCGACAUCACGCAUGAAAUGAGUAGCACAUAUGUAUGAAGACAUAAAAAAAAGACAGCAUCUUUCGCAAUAUUCCGCGUACUGUAAGAAGGUUUGUGACUAAAACAGUCUCUAUACUAACUUGUUAAAAAGCUGGUUAACUCUAUCAGGGAAGUCGCUGGCUCAA